CUUGAUCAUCAUCAUUUCAUGGAGAAGAGAAUACUUCUCUUGCAGCACCCCUACAUUCUUCUCUUUUUCCUAGCAUUGAGUUUUAUAAUGAUGGACCCUUUCGGGCUGAGCCCGAUCGCGGGCCGUGACUUCCAGCCCGUGAGAAACGACAUUGCUCCUUACAAACAAGUGAUGAAGAGCUGGCCUUGGGACGACCGGAGCCGUCUAGGGCUAGGCUAUUUGCUCUUCAAGAACGAGACUUUCGGGCCCGAGUCCCUCGAGUUUGACCCUUCAGGCCGAGGCCCGUAUUCGGGUCUGGCCGACGGGCGCAUUGUACGAUGGAUGGGCGAAGGUGUGGGUUGGGAGACAUUUGCCCUCGUCUCACCUAACUGGACGGAGAAAGUGUGUGCGCAAGGAGUGGACUCAACGACAAAGAAGCAGUGGAAGGUAGAGGCGGAGUGUGGACGGCCUCUCGGGCUGAGAUUCGACGUGAAAAGCGGGGAUUUGUACAUCGCGGAUGCUUAUUAUGGGCUCAUGGUGGUGGGAGCCCAAGGUGGCCUAGCAACACCACUAGCAACACAUGUGGAUGGCCAACCAAUUCUUUUUGCUAAUGAUCUUGAUAUUCAUCAAAAUGGUUCCAUUUUCUUCACGGAUUCGAGCACAAGAUACAAUAGAGUGGAUCAUUUCUUCAUACUUUUGGAAGGGGAAUCAACAGGGAGAAUCUUGAGAUAUGAUCCUCCUACAAAAACUACACACGUAGUUCACCGAGGAUUGGCUUUUCCAAAUGGGGUGCAGUUGUCUAAGGACCAAUCUUUCCUUCUCUACGCCGAAACUACCAACUGCAGGAUCAUGAAAUAUUUCUUGGAGGGGCCAAAGUCCGGCACGGUAGAGUUGGCCGCAAACCUUCCCGGGUUCCCGGAUAACGUGCGGAUGAGCGAGAGAGGGGAUUUCUGGGUGGCGAUAGAUUGUUGCAGAACGGUGGUGCAAGAGAUUCUAAUCCACUAUCCGUGGAUGCGGAGCCUCUAUUUCCGGCUGCCGGUUCCAAUGAAAUACCUAGCGGAAUCGGCCGGAACGCCGAUGUACACGAUGGUGGCAAGAUUGAAUGGAGAAGGAGAGAUCUUGGACGUUCUUGAUGAUAGGAAAGGGGAAGUGAUGAAGCUAGUGAGUGAGGUUAGAGAGAGAGAUGGGAAAUUGUGGAUUGGAACUGUGGCUCAUAACCACAUUGCCAUGGUGCAUUACACUUUGUAGAACCAUUCUAGUAUCUUAAUUAGAUUAUUUUGUGUUUUUUCCUUUUUUUUUCUUAAUUUUUGUGUAUCAUGUAUUCAUGUUUUGAUAUUCAUGAUCAUGGUGGUAGCUAGGCAUUAUUUAUGGAAUAAUCAACUCAAUUUACAUGA